ACACUCUUGAGGAGCAAUAUGGGAGGCUUUCUUCUUAUACUCUUCCUUACAGCCAUCACUUUGAGCCUUGGUCAAGAUUGUAGGACUUCAACUGAAUGGUGUUCAUCUGGUAGUAGAUGUGAAGCUACAGUUGGUACAGUAAUAAUAGUGCCUUGCUGUGGGAAUGUGGACCAGCUUGUUACAUAUUCUAACCAAACAAAUAUAAUAGCUGCUAAUGUCACCGGGUGCUUAAAUCUCAACUUGACUGUGUACGAUAAUCAAAUAAACAUUCGUUGUCAAGAAUUCUGUUCCUAUCUCAUAAUAGUGAAAUAUUCUCCUAGGACUUUAGGGGCAAUAAAUCGAGCUCCAGGAAGGUUUGAGCGAUCUUAUGAUCUCUCAUGUCCACUAGUAGGGAACCCACCACCAGUAUACUUAGAAUGGGAUAUUGUCUACUGCAUUAAUAAUACACGGUUCAUUCCUCCUACUGGAGUUAAUGUUAGUACAACUGACAGCAAUAGGACUCUUCACAUAUCAAGUCUUGUCACUGAAUUUGAAAACAUUUGCUUCUUUUGUUAUGCAAUGAAUGAGUUAGGAAUGGGAUAUCACUUCUUUUCUCCAAUUGGAUUCGACUUUUGUACCAGUUCAGACUUACAAAUUCAAAUUUCUCCAAGUGGAGGUGUCAAAAAUGUUUUCGCUGGAGACAACGUAACAUUAGAAUGUACAGUAUCUCCUGUCAGAUCAAUAUUUGAAACCUGUACCAGAUGGUACUUUAAUGACAGUUCGAUUUCCUGGAAUCCAACAGUUGAUCAGAGAGUUUGUAAAGAAACGCAUACACUUACUCUUGAAAAUGUUGAUAUCUCUGAUUCAGGAAACUACACUUGCAGAUGUAUUUCACAUGACAUUGAGAGAACGAUUGAACUAAUGGUUCAUGAAAAUGCUAGUAGUUCUCCUACUAGUAGUGCACUGGAAAGAAAACGCCAAAAUCAGCUCAUUAUUGCAGCAACUGUACCAGUAAUACUAGUGGCCAUUGCAGUGGCUUUAGUUCUGAUAGUUUCAAUGAGUGUUGUAUUAUGGAGGCGUAGUCGCAGGUCACAAAACUCAGCAGCAGAGUUAGAAAAAAAGUUUGGUGAUUAUAAAGAAGCGACUUAUGAUGUGUUUAUAUCAUUUUCUGAAGAAGAUAGAGAGACAGCAGAAAAGGACAUUAAAUCAACCUUGGAAAGCAAUGGCUACCAGGUUGCAUGGCACCACGAGGUCUUCAUUCCUGGCUGCUCUAUACUGGAGAAUAUGGAAACGUUUAUAUUCCAGAGCCGAAUCACUUUAGUAUUGCUGUCAGGACAUUUCCUAAAAAGUGAAUUCUGCAACAAAGAGCUUUACAUAGCAUUGAGGAAGGAGAAGCAAGCAGACCGUCGCUCCAUUAUUCCUAUUCUGUUGUCAAACUCAAAAGAUGAUGUUCCUGAUAUGCUUCGCGGAAGAACUUACCUUUCAUUGAAAGACAAUAAUUUUAGCAAGAAGCUGCUUCGGACUUUAGGCCGACCGCUUUCUUCCUGUUAAAUUGCUUCUUAGCAACUGAAUUGUUCAAACAAUUUUUUAUAUAGAGUCAUUAGAGUGUAUAUAUUAUAGAUAAAAGGGAGUUAUAGCUGCUGACAUUCUUGAAAGGUCAGCAGUUUCUCUCCCAAGGCUCUAAAUAAUUUAAUUUUAAAAUGUCAAAUAUGUCUCUUUCUGUCUUUGCCGUUGAAAAUUUUCUCUAUUAAAUGUAAAAAAGAGAAACAAAAAUAGAUGAAAUUGUCCAGAACCCAUCUCAUCAUUCACACGAAUAUUUUCCAAUCCCACUCUGUGCAGUACUAUUACUAGUAUACAUAAUGUUACCUCAAUUAUAUCAAAAAUACCAUGAGCAGUGACUGUUUUUGAGCACUCCUUCACAGAAUAUCUUCUUAAAGAUCGAUUAAAUUGCUGCAAUUAUUA